AUGUUUAUGGUGUUUUCUAGUUCGCAAGGACUUAGGACUCAAAGUUAUAGUUCAAAUUCUACAAUGAAACGCAGUAGCGAUUACGGAAAUCAAAGUCACGAUAAUAGUAUUAAAAAGCCACGUUUCGCAGGACAAGGUUACAGCAGUAACUAUUCUUUACCAGGAGGUAUGAGAAGUGACCUUGCACAAGGGUCUUCUAAUACUGAUAUAUAUUAUCAAAAUCCACCGGUUGGUCCAUCUUCAAUGAUGAUGAGCAAUCCUUCCUACUCUCAAGGUACUGCGGGGUUUCACCAUCAUCCUGGACAUUCAAGUGGUCAUUUUGCUAGUAUGAAUGCUUACCAUCAAGCCGUCCCCUCUCAAUACGCAGCUAUGAAUCAAUUUUCUCCCAGCGUCAAUAGUAUGGUCCCUCAAUUUACCAGUGCUUUCUCUGGCGCGCAGUUUCCUUCCUCUUACCAACAAGCAGCCGUUAGUAACGCUACUGCAAACGCAACUGGUCGCACUGUAUAUCUCGGAAAUCUUCCGGCGGAGGUUGAUAUCGAAGAAAUGAUGAACCAAGUUAGAGUGGGUCCAGUUGAAUCGGUUCGAAUCCUUAAUGAUAAGAGUUGUGCCUUUAUCUCGUUCAUGGAUGGUGCAGCAGCCAUGUUAUUUUAUCAAGAUGCAUCAGCGCGUAAAAUAGUUCUUAACG